AUGAACGGCGAUAGUCAUUCCUCCAGAGAUCCGGGGCGGUCGAAGGAUUUCUACGGAGCUGGUCGCUCUGACCGAGAAGAGCGAAGGGAUCGUGGAGACCGCAGUAGCCGUGGCGAUCGCAGUGACAGACGGGAGAGAGAAAGAAGAAGGUCAAGAUCACCUCACCACGGUUCAAGGUCAGGGCGGCGCGAACAAGAGACAGACCUGUAUUCUUCUAGUCGUGACUAUCGCGCCAGAGAGCGGGAGGAUAGGUAUUCAGGCCGGCGAGAUGAGAGAGAAUGGGAUAGAGAUAGAAGUGAUAGGCGACGUGAUCAUAGGAGAGAUGACGAUGAUAGACCUUCCCGACGCGAGAGAGAUAUGCCGGACGAAAGAUCCCGGGGAGGCAGAGGUAGAGAUCGCGAUGCAUUCGGUGGUGGCAGGGACCGAAAGAGGAGUGCAAGUCCACCACCUAAAAAGAGAGAACCCACACCAGACUUGACGGACGUUGUUCCUAUCCUCGAACGGAAGCGCCGACUUACUCAGUGGGAUAUCAAACCCCCUGGUUAUGAGCAUGUAACAGCGGAACAGGCAAAGCUCUCCGGCAUGUUCCCUCUCCCUGGCGCACCCCGCCAACAGGCAGUGGAUCCGAGCCGUCUACAAGCUUUCAUGAACCAACCUGUUCCUGGAACAUCGAUUAAUACCGUUCUAAGGCCUUCAAACUCUCGCCAAGCGAAGCGACUUUUCGUUCAUAAUAUACCGCCAUCAGCAACGGAGGAGAGCUUGGUGCAGUUCUUUAACCUUCAGUUGAAUGGUCUCAAUGUUAUCAAAGGGGUCGAUCCGUGUGUAUCCGCUCAACUAUCAAAAGACAGAAGUUUUGGUUUACUUGAGUUUAAAAGUUCUGCCGAUGCUACCGUUGCGCUGGCAUUUGAUGGUAUCACUAUGGAGGACACUGGUGACAUGGAUACAUCAAAUGGAGAGGCAAAUGGGUCUAAUCAAGGGCUAUCGUUACGUCGACCGAAGGACUACAUUCUUCCAGUUGGAGGCGAAGAAGAGCCUCACCGGGAGGGUGUUGUUUCUAACGUAGUUCCUGAUACACCAAACAAGAUAUGUGUUUCGAAUAUUCCUCCAUUUAUUGAGGAAGAGCCGGUCACCAUGCUACUCGUUUCCUUUGGAGAGCUCAAGUCGUUUGUUCUUGUUAAGGAUAGUGAGACGGGUGAAUCUCGGGGCAUUGCAUUCUGCGAGUAUCUUGACCCGAUGUCGACAGACAUCGCGGUUGAGAAUCUAAAUGGCAUGGAACUCGGCAACAAGAGGCUUAGAGUGGUUCGUGCAAGUAUCGGAACCAUCCAGGCUACUGGGCUUGAUAUGGGCAUUAAUGCCAUGUCCAUGUAUGCCAAAACAACCUCGCAAGACAUUGAAGCUGGCCGUGUGCUUCAAUUGCUAAACAUGGUAACUACUGACGAGCUACUGGAUAAUGACGAUUACGAAGAAAUCUGCGAUGACGUUCGUGAUGAAUGCUCAAAAUAUGGACAAGUUGUCGAACUCAAGGUUCCGAGACCGACUGGGAACAACAAACAAUCUGCAGGUGUUGGCAAAAUCUAUGUCAAAUUUGAUAAUAGCGAAUCGGCCUCGAAAGCGCUCAAAGCUCUUGCAGGGAGGAAAUUCCAGGAUCGUACCGUUGUUACGACAUACUUCUCAGAGGAAAAUUUCGAAGUCAACGCAUGGUAA